AUGGCUCAGGCAGCCCCCGUGGCCGAAAAAGCUCCGCCUCUCAAAAAGUACCUGCACGAAGCAUUCUGGGUUCGUGUCGCAAGGUUGUUCUUAAAAAGCGCCAGAGAUGAUGAAGGAUUCUGCAGGGCCAAGUUCAUCUUCAGAAGGGAAAAGCUGGUGUUAAAGCUUACCAAAAAGAACUCACCCCCGGAAACGCUUCCACCUCACCCCAGAACGUCCUACGGGGUCUCGCGUUUCGCUUGUAAAUUUCCGAGCGGAAACGUGCCGAGACCAGUCGUCGUCGAAGUGAUCGAAUCUUCUGCGAGAAAACUUGGUAGUCACUCCAUUUUCAUAGAAGGCAAGAACGCCAGCAAAGCGGACCAGUAUAUUCUCCAUUUCGCGAAAACUUCGACCUGUGAACGAGCGGCCGACAUACUAGAAGCUUAUCGAGCCAGGAAGAGAAAGCAGUUCCGACCUUUUGAGCAUUACGAUUAUCUCUUCAAUCAACUCGUGCACUUGAACGAAAAGAAUCGACUCAAGGCGUUCAGGGAGGCGAUUCUGGGCAAUCCCAGCGACUUCCAGCAGAAGACAGUACUCGUGAUCGGCUGCAGUCUCGGCAUUCUCGGCUUCUUCGCAGCUGAAGCCGGUGCCAACGAAGUCUAUGUCGUGGAUCCAGCGGACGUUUCAGCUCACGUGGAGAUGCUGCUCCGAGCAAAUACCCAUUUGGCCUCGCACAAGAUCAAGCAUUACCAGGCCCGAGUGGAAGCGGUCGAACUCCCCGGGAAAGUCGAUACGAUCGUCUGCGAUAGUUUCGGGGACAUGAUGCUCAACGGGCAGAUGCUGAGAAGUCUCAUCAUUGCGAGAGAUCGCUUUCUGAUACCGGGCGGCAAGAUAUUCCCUUCGCAUGGAACCUUGCUCAUGCGCCCCAUCCGCGAGGAGAUAUUGGAUGGGAAUUUUUAUCGUAUCUGCAAUAAUAUCCGGCGACGCGGAGGCGGGCUCUUGUCGCCUGACCACCUUGAACAUCGACUCAGUUGGGAGUAUCACGGUCGUCCAGAGCUGUUGCAGCGCCAGCAGCCGCCGUCUUCCCCGACCUGUCAUGAGGAGACAUUUGACUUCAAGUCCAUAACGGCUGAGAGCCUCCGACUCAUAAGUUUCCAUUACAACUCCGACGGGAGCAAAGACAUCCAGGGCUUCGAAUUCAGCUUCAAGCUAGUUUUCAACGGUUCCGAAAACUAUACCGUUUUCAAUACUGAGUACGAAGGCCAGCCGACUCGGUGGUUGAAUGUGCUCUGCCGUUCGGACCCCAUUGGAACGGUUGCCCACGGGAGACAGCCGGAGACGUGCGAUCUCUUGGCGAACGAGCAUCAUUCGUACGACAUCAGAAUCUUCACAGAGCCCGAAGUGAAACAAUUUGGAUUGACGAUGAAGUUCGGAUCUUCGAUAGUUCAGAAGAUCUGAGGAGAAAAGCAUGCGGCGAUCCACCAAUUACGAGGCUCGAUUCAAAAUUUCUAUUCCCCAUCAGAGACUUCAAUUUGUGUUAUGGAGGAGCUCUGAUGAGAUAGGCCCAUACAUUUUGCUCUGCUGUCAUAAUUAAUUUUAUCGUUACAUAUGUUCAGACGCCUGCUCCAUGCGGCGUCGAGGUGAGAUCCCCCACAGAUCUAGCGAAGGAAAGUGAAAAACGCGUUCAACUAUUGGUCAAGUUGAAUAAAUUAU